AUGUUACAUUACGAUGCAUUGCAGACAGUAAGCGUGGUAAACCGCAUGACUUCUGUAGAUGGGGUUGGAGCAGAAAAGUAUCACUUUUAUCACUUUUACACUUUAAUAAGAAGCUAUUUUAUAUUGCUCUUCAUUGCAGAGAAACACUCGCUGUAUUACAUUUACGUGGGUUUGUCCAAACCUGUCAAUCUGCCGGGCAUCUAUCAGUUCAGUGCUAUGGGUCUGCUAGAUGACAGACAGAUCGACUCUUACAAUAGUGAGGAACAGAAGAAGAUUCCCAGACAGCAGUGGAUGAAAGACAAAAUGACGGAUGAGGAUUACUGGGAAAAAGGCACCCAGUCCAGAAAGAGCAAAGAACAGUGGUUUAAUGUGAAUGUGAUCUUUCUGAUUAAACACAUGAAUCAAAGUGAAUCAGAUCUUCAUGUUCUUCAGUGGAGAACUGGUUGUGAAACUGAGCAACAGGAAAGUGAAGUGAAUUUUUCCAAAGGUGUUUAUGAGUUCAGCUAUGACGGAGAUGACUUUCUGUUGUUUGACGAUGAAGAAUCUCAGUGGGUCGCUUCAGUUGAUACGGCAGCUCUACGAUCCAAGAGGAAAUGGAACAAUUUGCCCAAACUAAACACGUACUUCAAAGGCUAUCUGGAGAAAGAGUGUGUGGACUGGCUCAACAAAUUCAGAGAAUAUGGAAAUGAGGAGCUCAGAAAUGCCUCUCCUCCAGAUGUUCACAUGUUUGCGAGGAAAUCUACCAAAGACAAAUCCAAGCUGAAGAUCACCUGUUUGGCCACUGGCGUUUACCCCAGAGAUGUGAUGAUGAACAUAAGAAAAUAUCGCACAUCUCUGCCUGAAAAUGAGACUGAAUCCUCGGGAAUCAGACCAAACCAUGACGGGACCUCCCAGAUGAAGAAGAGUGUGGAGAUCAGUAAGGAUAAAGAAGCUGAAUAUGAUUGUUUUGUGAACCACAGAACCUUCAAAGAACCAAUCAUCAUCACAUGGGGUAAUUAAAGCAGUUACACAGAAGGAGAUAUGGGGAUCUCUACUGCAUAAUUUAUGGUAGUGUGGGACUGCGUUCACACUCUCCUAUAUUGUACUGGCUCAGGCUGCCCACUGCUCUGGGUGUGUGUUCACAUCGUGUGUGUGUGUGUGUGUACUUGGAUGGAUUAAAUGCAGAGCACAAAUUCAGAGUAUGGGAUACCGGACUU